AAUGCGUUAUUUUUCAUUUACAUGAAUUUGCUUUUUAUUUACCAUAACUGAUGUUUAAUGGCCUGUACAUGAGCGCUUGCAUUGCUUAAUUUAUACGAUAAAGUGUGCUUCGAAUCCGAGGGUUCAAGUCUGGAUUGCAUUGAAAUUGCUGGUCAGGGCAGAGCUCCAAAUUAAUGCAGUUCUUCAAGGUUGUGUUUUCGGCCACAAGCAAGUUAAAAAAUGGAGGAAGAUGAUGAGAAGGAAGGUUCUUGUAGCAUGACACUCACAAGUAGUGACUUCAGCCCAUCGCCAGUGAAAGAAUUGAGAAACAAGCAGUGUAAUUUACCUUUCAAAGCUUACUCACUCCCAACUCCCCAGUUUACAGAGUCUGAUCUUGGCACAGAUGCUGUAAGUAAUGGAGCAGGAAAUACAAAUUUCACCAGUGACCCUUUUCACCACUCAAGUAAAGAUGAUGCUGGUACCUGUAUUGAUGACACAAGUCGUGAUCCCUUGCAGCCUACCUCCCAAGAUUCACAAGUUUUUGGGGUGACAUCAGAUGAUGGAACCAAGGAGUCUCCUUCAAAACAACAGGCAGCUUCCGGGAGUGGCAGUCCUCGGGGUGACCAUUCUAGCCCGUUCAAGUUUGGUGAUGCACGGUCAGGAGACAUGAGACAUCAACUGCUCACCCAAAGAACUUUUAAUUCAUUGGAGGACAAUCUUGGCCCUAGAACAUCUAGUCCUAUGAGAAAGAUCCGUGUCUACACAACAGCAUCCGGAAUACAGACAGUGACCAUUAGCCCUAGCAGUGGCUCACACGUUCCCGCUUUGGCCAGCAGUAGUGAUGGAACUCACUGCAGCUUGCAGCAGGACCACGCUAGUCAUCAGGUCCAGGGAGUGGGAGGUUCCCCCUUUCUGACGCCCAGGACUGACCACGUACUUUCAUCCUUGUCCCAAGAACAUCAAGCAAUAUUGAAGACCCCUGUGCGAGGCCAACAAUGUCACUGGGAGAACGGAAUGGAUGUGACGCCGUCACACUUUGGCACUCCCAUGCGUCAAUCGCCAGGCUUUACCCCUGGUCGCCAUUUUGUGAACCCGUUUGAAGUGGAUCCCACGCAAAUGCAUCUCUCGAUGUUUAGCCCCAACCUUUUUAAAGUGACAAAUUCUGCAAAGAAGGAGAAAGAGGGCUUCUGGUCCGUUGAACAUGCUGCACUCAUCAAGCCGGUGGAGAUAAAUGACUCUGAGGUGAUCAGACAACACAGAUACCAGCAACGAAUUGACAAGGAACAAGAUCCUCACAUCCAGAUGGCCAUCAACAAAUUUUUCUCCAAUGAGCUGAUUGUCCCGUCACCGUGGAGUGAGAAGGUGAAGCAUGUCCUACCAAGGACACCGGGAGCCAUCAAGUCAGUGUCCAGCCAGACGACACUGUCAGUUCCUCCACAUGUUGAUCUUCUGGCUGAGCUCGGAGACAAGUACCAGUUGCCACAGCAUAAAACCGAAGCGUCGCCGGCAUCAGAAUGCGGCAACUCUUUUAUCAGGCGGCGGUUACUGAGCCAGCUCAAUGACGACAGUGUAAUCAGCGCGUCACCGGGACUGCCGUCAAGGUCAAGAGAAGAAGGGCUGGCUGGGUCCCCCUCACCAGGCAAGCAGACAACCCCAGAGUGGGAAAGGAAAACACCAAAAAAAGCUGGUUCUGGCCAUUUUUCUUCAAGUCCAAUCAGAACUGAGAGUGGGGAUCGACAGCCACAAUCUCUUUCAGGCCUGGACCUGCUUGCCUCGCCAGAACUCUCACCUAUUGCUGGCAGGGCAAGCAGAUCUGUGAGGUCGUCCGGGGUUUUCUUCUCCCAUCAAGAGGAGCUGGACAGCCCAAGGGCAAUAAUGCAGUUGGAUUUCUCAUCUAUUCUAGAUGAUGCUGAUGAAGAGGAUGAAGACGUUGCAGACAAGACGGAGACGCUGGUCCAGACCGGACAUCAGACGGACAUGUCAUGCUCUGAGGCUCCAGCUUGUGCAACUUCCGUUGUGCUCAGCGACAGUCAGGUGCAGUCAAACCAGAGCAAAAACAACAGCCUUCUCCGCGGGGCUGGCUUCUUGUCGUCAGCCCUGUCGGCAGAAUCGGCAAGUGACGUUGCAACAACAACUUUUCCUCAGUCUUCCUCCAACAGCCAGGACACUGGUUACAACACCGCCAGUCAGUGUUUUCCAUUUGAUUUGGAAUGCAAUUCAAACUCAAAUCUUAUUACUCAGGAUACUCAACAAAGCAAUGCCUCAGCUCCUCCUUCAGAGAUGUGCAGCUCAGUUUCCAAUUUCAAAGAAGGAGCUUUUGCCAGUAUUAAUCGGAGCAAAGAGAAGUCUAUGGAACUCACGGAGUCUUUCACCAAUGAACAGUCAAGGGGAGAAAUGAAUUUUGGUUCAAAUAGAGAUUCAUUCAUUGUUGUAGAAAAUAUUAAACACCAUUCUGUGCCUAUUAAAAUGGAGGAGGUAGGGAGAAAGCGAGAUACAUGCCUACUCCGGAAAGUUCGAACUCUCUCUGAUAUCAGAGCUUCGAGGGAAAAGAGUAGUGUUAGUCGAGAUUUGACUCAGUCUUUCAAUAGUGAAAAAGAAAGUUAUUCAAACAUGUCUGUGGAGGAUAAACCUCGGUCAAGUUCUGAUGUUGAGAGAUACAGUAUGUCGUUUGAUGCUCCCUCUGGCAGCACUGUUCCUCUUCCAUCAACACCUUCAGUUUUUAAUUGUGAUUGGUUGCCCUCAGGGUCAGACAAAAAAACGGGAACCGGGUCUGUAUGUGUGAUGACUCAUGAGCAGCUCGAAAAUCACUGCAGCAACGACAAUAUGCUGAACGCUUCCCCGCUCUUAAAUAUAUCAGUGCAAAGUCAAGAUGCUUUUCAGAAAAACACAGGGAGUCCAGUACGAGGCAGCAUUGCUAUUGCUACCAACCAGAGCAGCAGCACUUCCAGAAUACUCUAUUCUCCCGCAGCGAUAGAUAUGCCUGUGUCCCCUUUCGUCCUGGGUGAUGACCAAACGCUUGUGGAUGCGAGGGAACUUCUAAGCAAGUCGGAGCAGCUCCGCAAAAAGCUCUCUGGGCCAGACUGGGUUGAACCAGAUUCGAUCUUUCAGGGCAUAGAUGUUGAUGUGGAAAAUCGAGAUCCCAGUUUGAAUUCUUCUGACCUCAACCCAGAAGGCUCGUGGCAAAGUGGCAAGCCGGGAGUCAGGAGUCUGAGUCCAACGUUCAGAGUGGAACCGAUGCGUACCUCGACACCCUCUCCAGUGAUGCUGAAGGGCGUCAGGGAAAAGAUAGAGGAUGUCAGAGGCAACAGACUGGGAAGUGAGAUUGCUGCGGAGAUUCUCAAGAGAGCUGGAGAAGAUUUAGCUGAACUUACCAAUAGGAUGGGACCCUCAGACUCCCUGUAAGACGAAGAUGAUAUAUGAUUUGGGGAAACUCUCGCGCUGUGCCAAAUUGCCAUCAUAUCAUUCUUUUACUUGGCUGUUUUAGUUCUUGUCUGCACAUACCUAGUACUAUUAUAUUAUAUAUACCCUGUAUGUAUCACAUUUUGAGAGUUCAGUUCUAAAUGUCUACUUUUGUAUUCUAACUGCAAAUUUCUGUGCAAGGUUCACUCUUGUGAAAAUACUUGGAUUGAUAUUUAUUUAUUUUCCCUGUGUUGCUUUCAUAGGGUAUGUACAUUUUUAGAAAUUAUUCAAAUGUUUCUGUGUUAAUAAAUUGCUCAAUGAUGUUACAGAUACAUUUUUAAAA